UUUGCAUGGAUCAAUGGAAGGUGGGAAUCACUCAGGUGUGUCUGAGUUUGUGCUUGUGGGACUCACCCAUUCAUGGGAGAUCCAGCUUCUUCUCCUGGUGUUCUCCUCUGUGCUUUAUGUGGGAAGCAUGACGGGAAACAUCCUCAUUGUGUUUUCUGUGACCAUUGAUCCUCACUUACACUCCCCUAUGUACUUUCUACUGGCCAGUCUCUCCUUCAUUGACCUAGGAGCUUGCUCUGCUGCUAGCCCCAAGAUGAUUUAUGACCUUUUUAGAAAGCGCAAAGUCAUCUCUUUUGGAGGCUGCAUUGCUCAGAUCUUCUUCAUCCAUGUUGUUGGUGGUGUAGAGAUGGUGCUGCUCAUUGCCAUGGCCUUUGAUAGAUAUGUUGCCAUAUGUAAGCCUCUCCACUACCUGACUAUCAUGAGCCCACGAAGGUGCGUUUUGUUUCUGACUGCUGCCUGGGCCCUUGGUGUCAGUCACUCACUGUUCCAGCUAGCGUUUAUUGUGAAUUUGCCCUUCUGUGGUCCUAAUGUAGUGGACAGUUUUUACUGUGACCUUCCUCGGCUUCUCAGAUUGGCUUGUAUGGAUACCUACAGAUUGCAGUUCAUGGUCACCAUCAACAGUGGGUUUAUCUGUGUUGGUUCCUUCUUUAUUCUCCUCAUCUCCUACAUCUUCAUCUUAUUUACUGUUUGGAAACGUUCAUCGGGUGGUGGUUCAUCCAAGGCCCUCUCCACUCUGUCAGCUCACAUCACUGUGGUCCUUUUGUUCUUUGGUCCAACCAUGUUUGUCUAUACGUGGCCACACCCUAAUUCUCAAAUGGACAAGUUUUUUGCUAUUCUUGAUGCAGUUCUCACUCCAUUUCUGAAUCCAGUCAUCUAUACACUCAGGAAUAAAGAGAUGAAGGCGGCACUGAAGAGAGUAUGCAGACAUUUAGUGAUGUACAGGAAGAUCUCAUAAGAGAUCUGAUAAGGCCUUCUCAUUA